GCAUAGUGUCGGUAUUCUCCAAUGCUUUCCUCAUCUUCGAUUUGUUCAAACCGAAGACACCGGCUGCGAUGGGUGGGGAGGUUGUAUUGUGCGUGGAAUAAAUUCUGAGAACCGCCCUUGCGAUGAACCCGGAAGCAGGUGAGAGAUUAAACAGAUGAGAAAGAAGGAUUUUGGCCUUACGGGUUUCCUGAAGGGAACAGUGUUCCUGCAGUCCAACGGGCCACACUCACCUGGGGGAGGGAGAGAGACAGAGAAAGACUCACCUGAGCCAAGGAGAAAGAGACUUACCUGUGGAUGCUCACCUGUCGCUAGCCGGAAGUGUUGCUCUGAUCAUUGGGAACCCUCUCAGCGCUGUGUGUGUUGGAGAUAUUUCUGCUUGAGCUUCUCCCUUUCCACUUGCCCUUUCGCUGUGUGGGUGGUCUGCUCCGGGUUUCCCAAUGGCAGCAUUCCAGGAUCCGGGCCGUUUCCAGGCGGUGGAUCUGAGCAGCGAGGCUGGCACUGGAGCUCAGCAGAGCGCUGGGCUGGAGCGGACUGUGCUGACCGAGGGCAGAGACGGAGCUACAAUAGAAACCGAGGGCAAGCUGAGUGAUCAGGCUGAGAAAGAUAAGGCAAGCCCAGCUCCAUCACCUCCUGCUCCCAUGGACUACAAACUGAGGAAGUUCUUCGUGCUCCGGCCUGGAACAUUUGACCAAGCAUUGGCAGAUAUCAAGGCACAGAUUAGUCAACAAGAAGAUGGAACUUUACAAAGUACCUGGCUUCUCACUGAGAUUGAUCACUGGAACAAUGAGAAGGAACGGAUUGUUUUAAUCUGUGAGAAGACUCUGCUCAUCUGCAAGUAUGAUUUCAUGGUCCUUGCAUACCAGUACUGUCAACGAGUGCCACUCAAUUAUAUCGACAGAAUCUAUUAUGGAGAAUUCUCUUUCCCUGAGCGUUCCAUCAGCAGAAGAGAUGGUAAGGGACUUCGUAUUCACUGGGACAAGCUGCGAGAGGCUUCCUUCCUGUCCCGUUGGAACCCUUGGAGUGCUGACAUUCCAUAUACAACCUUUACUGAGCAUCCAGCCAUCAAUGCCACUGAGAGAUUCACCAGCCUUUGUCAGCUCGAAAAUUUCAAAAUACAGCUGUCUCAGGCUGUCCAAAAAGCCUAUCAACUGGAUCCAGUUCCUGGCAGGGCGAAUGGGGCGCUAAUAUUGAAUCAUUCAAUCCCCAUUGAUUCCUAUGUUGGGGUGAUGUCUGUCAUCAGCAAUCAGAACAGGUUGGGCUAUUCACUGGCUCGGGGCUCAGUGGGCUUCUAGCAUGGCUGUAUUUCUGGCCUAUUGUGUUUCCUUAAACCAAAAAGUUUUCUUUUGCUCUCUCGUGAUUGAUUUCUCAUUAUUUAAACUUGUUGAGAUUUUGCAAAUCACGUAUCAGUCCCUAAUCCAACUGAUAUCAUGGUCCAUUUUGAAACAACCACCAAACUUAUUACGUUUAAUAGAUAAAACGAGUACUGAAUCUGUCAAAUGACACAAUUCUACAAACAAGUGCAGACUGAGAAUAUUAGACAUUGCCUGCAAUGGUUGAAAAUAGUAACACAUUAUAGAAGUUGAAAUAACAUUUAAUAACAACAUAUACUUGUGAUUUAUUAUUUCAUGUUAUCCCUGGGUAUAUUAGUAUUGUAGCACCAAGAUAUUUACAAAAAGAUAUUGUUAAAACAAUGCACUAAUAUAUGGUACAUAUUUUGUAUGAUUCUCUUAAACUCUGCCUGGGUCUCUCAAGGAUUUUAUUUUGUUACAGCAGUCAUUCAUGUCCUGACCAUUAUAUGAAAUCAACAAGCAGGCUUUCUGUGUUAUUUGUAUAUUGUUGUUAACUUUGACUAAUAAAUGUUACUCUCAACAAUAAUUUAAUAAAGAAGACUGCAAUUGUU